GGAAGUAGAAAUCUUUGGUCAUUGAUCAUGGAGCAGUUACUCGGGCCUAGCCCAGCCCAUUCAGCACAAAACCCUAUCGUAGCUCUAACCCCACUUCAUAGUCCCAAGAAACCCUAACUCCGACUUCCUCCGCCGCAAAAGGUCGCCGAUUUCCAUCUCCACAACCAUGGCGGACGUUGAAGCCGAUGUGACGACCGGACAGCCAAGGAAGAGGACGUUUAAGAAGUUUAGCUACAGAGGCGUUGAUCUCGAUUCUCUUCUCGAUAUGUCCACCGACGAGCUUGUCAAGCUCUUCAAUGCUCGUCCCCGUAGAAGGUUCCAGAGAGGUUUGAAGAGGAAGCCAAUGGCACUGAUCAAGAAGCUGCGGAAGGCGAAACGCGAGGCUCCACCAGGUGAAAAGCCAGAGCCUGUCAAGACUCACCUGAGGAACAUGAUCAUCGUUCCUGAAAUGAUUGGAAGUGUUAUCGGAAUUUACAAUGGAAAAACUUUCAACCAGAUUGAAGUCAAGCCUGAGAUGAUUGGUCACUAUCUGGCCGAAUUCUCUAUCUCAUAUAAGCCUGUCAAGCACGGUAGACCUGGUAUUGGUGCUACUCACUCGUCAAGGUUCAUACCGCUCAAGUGAUUUGCCCGUCGUUGUCUACUUUUCUUCUGUUCUAGCCUUGUCAGAGUCUUUUUUAUUUUUUUACCAAUUUUGAUGUGAGAUAUGGGUUAUAUAAAACAGUUUUUGCUGUAGAACUCGUGCUUUGCUGAUAACUGAUGUUUUUGACUCUCAGUUUCGUCUGUUUGAUUUGAGUAACAUAUGAACCCAACAAGUAAAUUGUAUUUUUAUAAAUAAUUUUGAAGGACAUAAACUAUUUAAUAGAAAAAGUGCUUAUCAACACCUUUUUAUCAAA